CACCUACUCUCAUUGCCAUUCACCUUGGCUUUGAAAGUUUUGAUGGUCAAAGAUGGAGGAAAGCAAGCAUGAGAAUGGUCAUAUUGACGAUGUAAUCUUAUCAAACAGUAAUCUACCUGCAGAAGAAGCAGCAACAUCAGCAAGUGCGCCGAUCGAUGAAGAACAUUAUUGCUAUACAGCAAAGUAUGGCAAGGUUAAUGUUGAGGUUCGUUUGGGCAUAAGUGAUUCAGUACAAGAUUUAAAGGCAAUCUUAUUUUCAAUGACAGACGUUCCACCUGAAAGACAAAAAAUUCUCGGUUUAGCAAGAGGAAAACUUCCAAUCGAUUCAACUUCAUUGGGAGAGAUUGUUUAUCCUCCCGCAAGUUUACGUGAUAGUCCUCAUCCUGCAACGGGCGAAAAGAGAAUCACCAUCAGCCUGAUUGGUACGCCUUUGGAUCAAACGUUCAAAGAUCCCGAAGUGGAAACAGGCAAAGGCGACGGUAAAGGCAAGAAAAGUGAAAGUUUGGGUGAUAUCGAUUAUAGCGACCCCGAGACUGUAAAGACACUCGAAACUGUACCAAGCAGUGAUCCGCAUGCAUUGACGAAGCUUGAACGUGCAAUUUCACGAUUCUCGCUGACAUUUCCCAUCAUGCAUGAACCAAGAAAGAAUCUCAAAGGUGGUCUCCUUGUUCUGGAUUUGGACUACACAAUCGCAGAUACGAAGAGGUUGUUACAUUAUCAAGUCUCUGCACGCGAAGCCGAAAGGCCUGGCCUACAUGAGUUCCUCACAGCGGUCUAUCCAUACUACGAUAUAUGCGUCUGGAGUCAAACCUCUUAUUGGUGGCUUGAGGCAAAGUUGACCGAGAUGGGCUGUUUGACUCAUCCGGGUUACCAAAUUUCUUUUGUCCUGGAUCGUACACCUAUGUUUUCGGUUCGAUACAAUCCCAAAAGCCAAAUCGAAGGCAGUUCAACGAAUGAACAAAAAACAAAAAGGAACAAACAUGAAGUGAAAGCGUUGGAAAUCAUUUGGAGAAGAUUUCCCGAUCUAUACGGUGCUCAUAAUACGAUUCAUAUCGAUGAUCUCUCUCGCAAUUUCGCUAUGAAUUGCCUUAACGGACUCAAAAUCAAACCAUACAAGCACAGUCCUCGUCCAGACGGAGAAUUGCCAGCUUUGCGUGACUACUUGUUCAAGUUAGCACACUCCUCGAUCAAAGACUUCAAUUCGCUAGGAGGUCAUAAAGAUUGGAAGAAGCGAGAAUUGCCGAGCGUAUCCGAUGAAAGCCAACAAGACCAAACAGGAUCGAACAACAAUUCCACGAGCUAGUCAUGCUCCAUCACAAUCAGCAUAAACACAUCUGUAUUUUACACAAUUUCAAGAAAAAUGAAAACACU